AUGCCAGAGGAGGAAGAACGAGAGAAAUUAGCCAAAGUCAUCAGACAGUGGAACAACAACAGACUGGACUUGUUUGAAAUAAGUCAACCUGAUGAGAACUUGGAGUUUCAUGGUGUGAUGCGCUUCUACUUUGAGGAUCAUGUUGGAGGAAAUGUUGCCACAAAGUGCCUCCGUGUAUGCAGCAACUCUUCAACUCGUGAGGUUAUCGAAACUCUUUCAGAGAAGUUCAGGCCGGAUAUGAAAAUGCUGACCACUAGUUAUUCCUUGUAUGAAAUCCACACCAAUAAAGAACGUAAGCUGAAUCUGGAAGAGCAUCCUUUGGUCGUACAAUUAAACUGGAACACGGACAACAGAGAAGGACGUUUUGUGCUCAAGAAAGACGAGGAGAGUUUGAAGGAAAACUGUCAUGAGAAGGAAAAAGGAGGCGUGAUCCAAAGCUUCAAGAGGACACUGUCACGAAAAGAGAAGAAGAAAGAGAAGAACAAGACUAAAGCGACUGACAAGGCUUGUGAGGAUGAAAAUGGGUCAACUGAAAAGCUACUGAACAACAACAGCAUUUGUGUGUCUGACCAUGAGACAAAAAAGAGCUGCACAGAAAACAAGAAGCAGCAGAGACAAGCUGCCCUGGGAGGAAAACACACAGAGAUUCUUUAUCCAGACUUUGUAGAUAACCCUGGAUUACCAAUUGGAAUUAAAUUCUGCGAUAACUCUGAGGAAGCCUUCCUGUCUGCAGUCAUAAAUUACACCAACAGCUCCACAGUUCAUUUCAAGCUCUCACCUGCGUACAUUCUCUAUGCUGCGGGACGCUUUGCUCUGCAACGCCAUUACAGACGAGGCUCUGCACCCACAGGGAAGACACAAAGUGUAACUGCCAUGGCAAACAAUAUGGUGGUCAUUACAGGGAAGGUCAUCCAGGCAAUUUAACAUGUUGCUAUAUUUGCCUUGCAGAGGCAGCAGGCCAUCGCCGGCGCUCUCGCCUUCUGGAUGGCCAACUCCUCUGAGCUCCUGAACUUCCUCAAGCAUGACAAACACCUCGGCCCGCUCACACGGCAAAGUCAGCUGGAUCUGUCCCACCUGGUGCACAAAGCUUACAGUUUCCUGCUACAGUGCCUACAGAAUGAGUUAAGAAAGCACUUGCCAACUUUUUUGAUUGAUCCUGAGCAACAUGGUGCACUGCCAGCUGGUAUAGAGAUGGUGCUGAACACAAUGAUGAACACCAUGUCUCUUUUACGCCGCUGUCGGGUCAACCCUGCCCUCACCAUCCAGCUUUUCUCCCAGCUCUUCCAUUUCAUCAGCGCCUGGCUCUUCAACCAGCUCAUGAGCCCAGAGGCCAACACUCCAGGCCUGCGCUCGCACUACUGGGGGGCUGCUCUCCGCCAGCGGCUAACGGCCAUCGAAGGCUGGGCGGAGAGGCAGGGCCUGGAGCUGGCUGCUGACUGCCACCUCGGACACAUCAUCCAGGCAACCAUGCUCCUGACCAUGAACAAGUACUCAAUGCAAGACGUGAAGGCCAUCCAGAAUACCUGUUUCAAAUUGAACUCAGUGCAGCUGCAGACGUUGCUAUCCGGCUACCUCUAUGCAACCAAUGAGCCUCACAUCCCCCCUGAUUUGAUCGAUGCUGUAGUGACGGCUGCUGAGGCUUCAGCAGAUAACCUGAUUCGGAGCGAAGGACGGGACAUCCAGCUGCAGGAGAGCCUCGACCUCCACCUGCCCUUCCUGCUGCCGGAGGGAGGAUACUCCUGUGACUCUGUGAGAGGGAUCCCUCCAGGGUUCAGGGAAUUUUUGGAGCCAAUUUGCAGGAAAGGUCUCUGUUCUUUAUCAUCCCAGCCAAACUCCAAAGGUGACUGGACCGUGUACUUCAGUGAACCAUCUCCAUCUGCAGAGACCACACAUUUGGCAGCACACAGAGAGCCAGAGAUUGUGACAAUCACACUGAACAAACCUCUGAACAGUGGGAUGGGGGUCAGCAUUGUGGCUGCCAAGGGAGCAGGACGAGAAAGCCUUGGGAUUUAUAUCAAGUCUAUUGUCCGGGGAGGACCGGCUGAAAUGAACGGCAGGUUAACAGCUGGCGAUCAGCUGCUGAGUGUUGAUGGUCAAAGUCUGGUCGGCCUCAGCCAAGAAAGGGCAGCAGCUAUCAUGAUGCAAACCGGCCCCGUGGUGACCUUACAGGCUGCAAAGUUUGGAGCGAGCUACCACGGCCUGGGAGCUCUGCUGAGUGAACCGGCCCCAGAGAGGACUACAGGUGAACACACAAUAAACCCCUUGUUCAGUGUUGUGGAUCCUGGUCCGUCAGAGCCGAUCCACGGAGGCAGCAGGAGGAAGAAAGAGCAGAUGAUGCAGAGGAACAGACAACUUUAUCGCUCCAACCCCAACAUGACCAAUUUCUUCCCUGAGGAUGGAGAUGAACCUGUUGCCCCUGCAGUGAGAGGGAACAACAUGGCUGCUGUCUCCAGUGUCAACCUUAGUGCUGAUACUUUUCACAGGGAAUACUUGACACUUCCGACCCCUAAAUCCCAGGAAAAGAACUUAUCCGAAGCCAGUCGACCGCAGCAAACAUUCAAAGUAUCUUGGAGGCCUUUAGAUGGACAGAGCUCCAGUAAGAGGACCUUCAUGCGCCAGGCUCUGUCACAGGAGAACCUGUGUGUGGACGAUGGAGGCCCCCUGCUGGACAAAAGGCAGAAUUUGUGGGAGCAGAAGGAGCAGCGUGCAAAGCAAACCAUGAGCCACUAUUCAUCUUUCCCCAUUCGCUCAAGUGUUUCUACUCAUGACAUCCUCUCAGAUAACUGUUCUCCUACAAAGCAACAGCAGGGCAACCGCACAAGUGGCGCCGGUGUCUGGAGAACUCCUUUCUCACAACACCCAACACCGACGCCUUCCAACCAGCCCAUACGCAUAGACAUCCCUGUAACCAGAGCAGUGAACGCACACACAAACCCUCCUCUCUCCACCUUCCAGAGCUCCUCUUUGCUGGCGUUGAGGAUGAGCCAAACUCUUAAAGUAAAUGGAGAUAAAAACAGAGCCGAUCAUAUUUAUGCAUGUCCCGUUCCUGCAACCAAGAAGCUACCUCAGCCCUCACUUCUCUCCGUGCAGCACAGAUCCACCACACACAGGGAUCAAGCUGCAAAACCUCAAGUAAGCAUCCCUCCGACAAAACACGUCUCCUUCCAAGAACCUCCCACUCAGCAGAAGCAGAGCUCGUGUCUGCCAAAGCCGAAAGACCCUCAGGAGCUGUCUGACCCGUGGAGGAGGGAGGCGCAGGAGAAGCUGGAGAAGCAGCAGAGGCUCCAUGUGGUGGAGCUCCUGGAGCAGGAGGUGCAGGAGCUCCAGGGCAAAGCGAGGCACACGGCGGAGGAGAGCGACCGGCUGCGAAGGCUCAGCCUGGAGUGGCAGUUUCAGAAGAGGCUGCAGGAGGUUCAGCAGAGAGGAGAGGAUGAGGAGGAGGAAGACGAAGAUCUGGACAUGAUGGUGACCAUACAGCAGCUGGAGAAAAGAACACAGAACAAGAGGAGUUCUGCUGGAAACAAUGAAUUGAAAGAGUCAGAAAAGCAGGCAGGAACUCAUUUCUCCCAGAAGGAGGACAAGGCAAAGACGGAUCAGAGACGGAGCGGACUGAAUCAAGACUUUAAGAACGUGGCAUCAAAACAGUGA